CAGCAGCCGCACGCUCACGAAUAGUGGGCCGGGCACGUGAAAGGGAAAACGAAAGCGCGCGACCAUGCUGCAGCUGAAAUUAAGGUUCAACUGAAUGUGGUUCCUGAACCAGACAGCUUAGAAUGUGAAAGGAGCAGCUAAGUGGUAAUACUACUGUUCUUCACCAAAAACGUACUAUUCCAUUCAAAAGCCAUGUCAUAUUCCACCGGGCAAGUUUUAUUUUUUACCUCAGUCUUGCUGAUGUUCCCUGGCACAUACCUGUCCUCGGAAAGCAACAGUGCCUCUGUCAACAGUGGCCAUGUGGCUACCAAUGGCCUUCCUUUCCCUUGGAGCAAGCUACGUCUUCCAAAUUACAUUAUUCCAGUUCAUUACCAUCUUCUACUCCAUCCCAACCUUACAACGCUGACGUUCAACGGCUCUGUCAAGAUCGAGAUCGACGUGAAAAACAACACCAACUGGGUGGUCCUGCACAGCAAAGCCCUUGAGAUCACUGCAGCCGAUGUGCUGGACGAGAGCGAAGCGCCCCUGUUUGACAAGGCGCUCCCCGUUCUGGAGUACCCUCCCCACGAGCAGAUAGCCAUCUUCUCUCCUCAGAUACUGACAUCUGGAGAAAAGUACUUUUUGUAUUUGGAAUUUACAGCAGCACUGGGCAAAGGUUUCUAUGGCUUCUACAAGAGUUCAUACAAAACCCCAGAUGGAGAAACAAGAUUCUUGGCAUCUACUCACUUUGAACCUACCUCUGCACGAAUGGCUUUCCCGUGUUUUGAUGAGCCCAUCUUCAAAGCCAACUACUCUGUUCGGAUAAGAAGGGGACCCUUUCAUGUUGCUCUGUCCAACAUGCCCAUAGAGCAAACGGUGGAGUUGGCCAACGGUUUGUUGGAAGAUCGUUUUGAGGCGAGUGUGCAGAUGAGCUCCUACCUGGUGGCCUUCAUAGUCUGUGACUUCAGGUCUGUUAGCAGACAAACGUCAACUGGCAUUGAUGUUUCCGUUUAUGCUGUUCCACACAAGUGGCACCAGACCCACUAUGCUCUUGAAGCCGCCGUAAACAUUUUGGAGUUUUAUGAGAAGUACUUCAGUAUCUACUAUCCAUUACCUAAACUAGAUUUGAUAGCCAUUCCAGAUUUCCAGUCAGGGGCUAUGGAGAACUGGGGUCUGACUACCUAUAGAGAGACCUCUCUCCUUUAUGACCCUGACGUCUCAUCCGCCUCAGACAAGUUGUGGGUUACUAUGGUGAUAGGUCAUGAGCUGGCCCAUCAGUGGUUUGGAAACCUGGUCACUAUGGAGUGGUGGAAUGAUAUAUGGCUUAAUGAGGGAUUUGCACGAUAUAUGGAGUUUGUCUCUGUUCAGGCUACGUACCCACAACUAAAAGUGGAGGACUACUUGUUGGUCACCUGUUUUGCGGCCAUUGGACGGGAUUCACUGAACUCCUCCAGGCCAAUAUCCAGUUCAGCAGAGAACCCUACUCAGAUAAAGGAGAUGUUUGACACUGUGUCUUAUGACAAGGGGGCAUGCAUUCUGCACAUGCUGAGGAAUUUCCUAACAGAUGAUGUGUUCCAGAGUGGCAUAGUCAGAUACCUGCGGAAGUUCAAAUAUAGGAAUGCCAAAAACGAGGACCUUUGGAACAGUCUGGUCAAUACUUGCUCUGAAGAGGAUUUUACAUCAGGAGAAUACUGUUAUAGUGACAAACAGGCUACCAAAAAUGCAUAUCAGUUUGCUGGGGAACAUAUUGACCUGAAAAAGAUGAUGAACACAUGGACUCUGCAGAAGGGCGUUCCUCUGGUGACUGUGAAGCACAAGGGGAACAAGCUUUACAUUGAGCAAGAGCGAUUUCUGAAGACCAUCCAGCCUGGUGACCCCAUGUGGCAUUCAUUGCAAACUGGCUAUCUGUGGCAUAUUCCUUUAACCUACAAAACAAGCCACUCCAGCACUGAGACGAGGCAUAUAUUAGAGACAAAGUCAGACAUGCUGGUCCUGAAUCAGGACGUAGACUGGGUGAAGUUUAAUACAGACAUGAAUGGCUACUACAUUAUUAAUUAUGACACCAAGGGCUGGAAUGCCCUGAUUGAGCUGCUGGGAGUCAACCACACUGCUCUGAGCUUCAAGGACAGAGCUGACCUUAUUCACAAUGCCUUUCAACUGGUCACGGCAGGGCGACUGACAUUAGACCGGGCCCUGGAUUUGAUCACCUACCUGAAGUCUGAGACCCACAAUGUUCCCCUCUUACAAGGCAUUGGGUAUUUAGAAUACUUUUACAAGAUGAUGCAGAAGAGAAAUGUAUAUGACGUCACUCAAAAUCUCAAGAUCUACAUACUGGAGUACUUUAGAGACAUGAUAGAGAAGCAGACCUGGAGUAACGAGGGUACAGUCUCAGACAGAAGGAUGCGCUCCGAGCUUCUGUCCCUGGCAUGCGAUCUUGGGUUUGCACCCUGUUUGGAGAAGGCCAGAUAUUUCUACCACAGCUGGGUGAAAGCUAAUGGCACAAUUAGCCUACCCACUGAUGUGAUGGAGACCAUCUACAUGGUUGGAGCCCAAGAUGAUAGUGGCUGGAAUUACCUACUGGAAAAGUACAGGGUGUCCAUGAGUGCAUCAGAGAAAAGCAAAAUCCUUGCAGCUUUGGCAAGCAACAGGGACUCAAGUAAACUACUAAGGCUGCUGGAGCUUGGAAUGGAGGGAUCAGUCAUAAGAACACAAGACCUAUCUGCCUUAAUAUACUAUGUGGCCAGAAAUCCAUCAGGUCAUUUCCUGUCUUGGAAUUUUGUAAAGAAGAACUGGAAUGAACUGGUGGAAAAAUUUCAGCUGGGCUCAUUCUCUAUCAGAAAUAUACUAAUUGGUACAACAGGGCAGUUCUCUUCCAAAGAAGAACUUGCUGAUAUCAAGGAUUUUUUCGACUCCAUCAGGGACCAGUCAUCUCAGCUCCGCGUCACUCAGGUGGCUCUUGAGAACGUGGAGAAGAACAUUCUGUGGAUGGAGAGGAAUUUAGAAGCUUUGAGGAACUGGCUUCAGAGAAUGCUGGACUAAAAAACCAAACCCCGGACUGGCCUUUAACAUCCACCUGUCAUAAACACAUUUCCAAAGGGCUUAGAAAAGGGGCAGACAAAUAAAUCAAUGUGCUUUUCAUUUUUAUAAACAAAUCAGCAAAAGGGUUACUAUCAGUUUUCUAUCAUAUUUCAGUGAUACUUAAAGCUAAAAUAAAGUUAGCUUAUAAGUAUAGCUAAAAAUAAAAGGUUUUAUGCUGUAGAUAUAUUUUGAUAACUACAUUUAGCAUGGUUUGUAUGGUUUUAUUCUGGGGUAAAUAGGACUUUGUCGAAACAACUGGUGUGAUGAGUGCAACAUUUGAACAUUUUUAUUCUUUUCCUUUUUUAAGGAAUUGCAAAAUGUUUUGUGUCAGAUAUUGUGUAAUGGUUUCUAAUAUCUUUCAUAAAAUGAAGAAGAAACCGGA